UCGGAUCUAUGGAUUCCCAACUCCAACUGCAGCACCUGCAUCAAGGAGUGCGGCAACGCUGUGUUCCAGGCGGCCAAAUCGAAGUCCUUCAAGGCCAACGGCACCUCCUUCAGCAUCACCUACGGAGUCGGAAAGGUGAGCGGCGUGACAGCCUCGGAAACGGUGUCCAUUGGGCAGAUCUCGAUAAAGGACCAGGGCUUCGGGCUGGUCAGCCAAACGGACACGUGCAGCAGCUUCGAUGGGGUCCUGGGCUUGGCGUAUCCCAGGGCUUCCGUGACAGGUGCCAGGCCUCCAUUCUAUCCGAUGAUCGAUCAGAAGUUGGUCGAUAGCUCGAUAUUCUCGUUCCACCUGAAGAGCGGCGACGGGGGAUCGCUGAUCUUGGGCGGCUCCAACUCGAGCCUGUACCACGGCUCGUUGACCCACGUGAACGUAACCCAACAGAAAAUGUGGCAGUUCACGAUGGACUACAUUGGUUUCCCCUCGAAGAAGUGUCGUCGCUGCAACAGCUGCAAGGCCAUCAUGGACUCGGGCACCUCUCUGAUAGUGGGACCCACCGAGGACAUCACGCAGCUGAACACCAAAAUCAGGGCCACCUACAAUGCCACCAACGGCAUCUGGCAGGUGCCCUGUGGGCGAAUCAGCUAUCUGCCGGUCCUGGAGCUCGGCAUCGCCGGCAAGAAGUUCCAGGUGCGGCCACAGGAGUAUGUGAUCGCCUACGAAGGGGAUGUCUGCAUCACGGGCUUCAUGGACUUGGCGGGGCUCAAUUUCUGGAUCAUCGGAGAUGUCUUCUUCAGGGAGCACUAUGUGUCGUUCGAUGUGGAGCAGAAUAGGAUUGGCAUUGCCAAGGCCAAGUAGAAAGGAACAUAAAUUUCUG